AUGGUGGAAAGUCGUAUUGUCAUUCGAAAUUGCGUUAUUAAUCUCACAAAUAUUCUCCUGGAAGAAGUGGAAGAAAUUCUUGAGGAAGAAAGAAAUCCUAAAAAAAGGAUAUGGUGUCGAGAAUGGCUUACACGUAGAGAAAGUCAAGGGGCUUCCACCAAUUUAAUAAGGGAGCUGAGGUUUGAAGAUCCUAAAGAAUACAGAAUGAUGCUCAGAAUGACUGCUGAAAAAUUUGACUAUUUGUUAGGCUUAAUAACUCCAUUAAUCCAACGAGAAAACACUAUUAUGAAAGACGCUAUCAAACCAGAAACAAUGUUGGAAGUAACCUUAAAUUACCUAGCAACUGGUAAUAAUUAUAGAACCCUUUCUCAUCUCUUCCGAGUUUCUAAAUCAGCGAUAUCUAUCAUGAUUCCCAUUGUUUGUCAAGCUGUGUACGACUGCUUAAAGGAUUUUGUAAAGGUAUGUGAAUAG